UCUCGGGAUGUCCGGACGCGGGAAGCAGGGCGGGAAGGCGCGCGCCAAGGCCAAGACGCGCUCGUCGCGGGCGGGUCUGCAGUUCCCGGUGGGCCGCGUGCACCGCCUGCUCCGCAAGGGCAACUACUCGGAGCGCGUCGGGGCCGGCGCGCCCGUGUACCUGGCGGCCGUGCUCGAGUACCUGACGGCCGAGAUCCUGGAGCUGGCGGGCAACGCGGCGCGCGACAACAAGAAGACGCGCAUCAUCCCGCGCCACCUGCAGCUGGCCAUCCGCAACGACGAGGAGCUCAACAAGCUGCUGGGCCGCGUCACCAUCGCGCAGGGCGGCGUGCUGCCCAACAUCCAGGCCGUGCUGCUGCCCAAGAAGACCGAGAGCCACCACAAGGCCAAGGGCAAGUAAGGUCUGAAAGUCUCUGAGACCAAAGGCUCUUUUCAGAGCCACCCACCAUUUCUGAGAAAGAACUGAACGAACACUUAUUUCUGAAACUUAAAAGUAACCUAAAUGAAGAACGUGAAAUAACUGGUCUCCCGUUUGAUUUAGCCAAUUCUGAUAAAGUGCUUACAGUGCAUAGUUUUCUUAAUUGUAAAACCACUAAACCAUCUUUUGCCCCCCCAACACUGUUAUGGGCAAUUUGUAAGCUUCUGUCCCAGCAAAUACACUUAACCUGUUA